GAACAUACCACAGCUAUAUUAAUCCACUUUUAUUAAGAUGUUUCCUUGGUCUGCUGUUUUCUCUCUUGAGCCCAAAGUGCCCGGCCAGCGCACUACCGAGGAGCUGGUAACCAACACUCUGAUGCUGGAGCUGGGGGCAAUGGUGAAACGUACUGAGCGCAUUCGUUUGGAGAGGGCGACUGAGGGUCGGCGCCGCCGUCGCAGCUCCUCCUCUGCAGCCGACUACAGCUGGCUGGCCACAACUCCAACCCCACAGCCCUACCAGAUUACUCCCAAUGAUCUGCUGGAGCUGCAGGACCUCUGUGCCAAGAUUCCUCCUGCACAGUGUGGCCCAGUUAUUGUCAGAUUCAGGAGACUGGUGUCACAGAUGGAGCCUGAGGUUCACGAGGUCCCCCGGCUAUUUCGCACAGUGCUGCGUGACUGCGUGGACGAGGUAAAUGGGAAUGACGAAAUUCAGGCUCCAAACCCUCUGUUCGAAAAGCAGCAGCGCAGCAAGAGCCUUUCCUUUGUUACUUUCCGCACAAAAUUUCGCACAGGGCAAAUGUUUAGGGGCAGCAGUAUAAGAGGCUCCAGGGGGAAUCUGCAGCAGCAGGUGGAUUGGUCUGAUGAGGAAGAGGAUGAAGAGGGGGAGGAAGAGACCAUCAAGGCCAGGGCGAGGAAGGGGAGAAGCAAGAGCAUGCCAGAGAUCACUCCAUUGGAGCAGAGUGCUCAGGCGUGAGAUAAUGAAAGGAGUCAAGGGAAAGAUGAAUAAGAGGAACUUGUGCAAAGAAGGGGAGGACUUGUAGAGCAGUUGGCAUGGGGACAAAUGGAGUCACUUAGAGGAGAAAGGAAGGAAAAUUACGUGAAGAUAAACACUGGAAGGUAAGGAGGGAAGGUGGUUGACAGGGAAAUGGAACACAAUAUAUCAAAACUUUCUCAUAAUUUUCUGGUUCAUCUAAAGAUGGGGAGACCUGCUAAUGAUUUUUGUUCAGGUUUUGAGAUGUAUGAGGCAUUAUACUGGUCUGAUGGUUAGAUACCAAACAGUCUUUAACCAUGCAGCAGCUCUUUGACACAGUCAGUGUCAUGCUAACAUGCCUCAAUGACCUAAACAUACUAAUGGAUAGCAUCACCACCUUAGAUGUUAAUAAUAACAUGCUAAAUGUGUAGUUAUUUAAAUUAGUUUAGCAGGAUUGUUAACUAAAGUUACAUUUUGACCUGUUGAAGAAGGUGAAAUAUGAAAAGUUCACAGAUCAUCAGAUCAUUUUAUCCUGAGCAGUAAAUUAAUGUAAAACAAAUGUAAUAUUUGCACAGAAUUUUGGCCAGUUACUCUAAUCUAAACACAAUGGUGAACCUAACAACCAACACCGUCACCUCUAAAGUCCUGUAGCUAGUGUGGGGGGAAAAAAGUGCAAGAUGUAAUUUAUACAUCUCCAACCUUUUGCAUGCUUCAGGUAGUUGUAAGAUCAAACAUAUGAAGCAAGGGCUCCUGAUGACUCAUAAACACAUCUCAUGAACUGUUCCUUUCUAAACAAGCAACAGGCAGGGCAGCUGUCUCCUAAAGUAGAAGGGGGACAUUCAGCUCAGGUUGCUCUUCAGUUUACUCAGCCGCCACAGUUUGGCUCCAG